AUGUUAUAUUUGACAGCUGACAAGUUUCCUAUCUUCGUGCCAUUCGGUAUCAUCGGUUUCUACCGAUACCUAUGGUACAUCAUCCGAUUACUCGCUCGAUGGGCUUAUAGACCUAUACCAUUACCCGAUAAUCCUACAUAUGUGGCGAAUGAAGAUGUGACGAUUAUCGUUCCUACCAUUGAUGCGGGGGAAGAGUUCAGAGAAGCAGCUUUCUCCUGGCUUCAAGGUUCCCCUAAAGAAAUCAUCAUCGUCACCGAAGAACGUAUGAGAGGUCCAUUACAAGAUUUAGCCGAUUCUGUCGAUCCAUCACGAAUCAAAGUUCUCACAGUCCCUUUCGCCAACAAACGUCUUCAAAUGUCCCAUGGGAUACGUAAUACCACAACAGAUAUCAUCGUUUUCGCCGAUGAUGAUGCCAUUUGGCCUUCCACACUUCUCCCACACGUUUUAGCAUGUUUCGAAGAUCAACAAAUAGGUGGAGUCGGUACGAGUCAAAGAGUUAAACCUUGUGGUGAUCGUAUGACAGUAUGGGAAGUUCUCGCUGCUUUUCGAUUAACCAUUCGAAAUAUCGAAAUAGCUUCAAGUACACAUAUAGAUGGUGGAAUACCUUGUUUAUCAGGAAGAACAGCAGCGUAUCGUACCGUCAUUUUAAAAGAUCCAGAUUUUUUACAUGGUUUCACGAAUGAUCUUUGGUUAGGGAAAUAUCAUUUGAAUUCGGGUGAUGAUAAAUUUUUAACUAGAUGGAUGGUUUCACACGGUUGGAAUACAUAUGUUCAAGUUUGUAAAGAAGCUGAAUUAUUAUCAACCAUGAAACCUAAUUGGAGGUUUUUAAAACAAGUUUUAAGAUGGACUAGGAAUACUUGGAGAAGUGAUUUUAGAAGUAUUUUCACGGAAAGAUACGUUUGGACCAAACAUCCUUAUGUGGCUUAUACGAUGAUUGAUAAAUUUAUAAAUCCUUUUACAUUGUUGGUUGGACCGGCUUUGGUCAUAUAUUUGAUUGUGAAAAGUACUAGGGAUGUGAAUUCGGGAGGAUAUCAUUUACCUGCUUGGAAUAUUGUCUGUUCAUACCUAGUCUGGCUCAUGUGCACAAGAACGUUCAAGCUUUUACCACAUUUAUGGUUUCAUCCCAGUCAUAUAAUCUACGUUCCCGUAUGGAUCCUGUUUGGGUAUUAUUUCGCAAUCAUGAAAUUAUACGCGGUGUUUACUUUGCAUGAGACUGGAUGGGGUACCAGAGCUGGGAUUGGGGAUCCUGCAACCGCUACUGCCGCUCAAGAAAAAGCGGCACAUCCUUCUCCCCGUGCGGAUCCUACAGGGAUGUAUGACUUGGAAUUGAAUGGUGUUCGUAAAGCAUAA